AUGGCUGCGGGCUCCGAGUGCAGGAAUUCCCUCCUCUAUUACUACAGCAUCAAAUUCGCCCUGUCCGCCUACGCCACCCUCUUCUCGAUCCUGGGCCUCCUGAUCCUCUGUGUUGGGAUUUAUGCUGAGGUGGAGAGGCAAAAGCACAAAACCUUGGAAGGGAUCUUCCUGGCCCCAGCCAUCCUCCUCCUCCUGCUGGGCUUCACCAUGUUUGGAGUCUCCUUUGUGGGCAUGGUUGGGAGCCUGAGGGACAACCGCACACUGCUGAAGAUGUUCUUCUGGGUCCUGCUGGUGAUCUUCCUCACGGAGCUGCUGCUCCUCUUCAUUGAGAUCAUCUUUGAGAGCAAGAUGAAUGCAGUCUUGCACUCCAACAUCCAAGAGGGCAUCAGACACUACUAUGAUGACCUUGACUUCAAGAACAUCUUGGAUUUUGUGCAGGAAAAGUUCUCUUGCUGUGGUGGUGAUGAGUACCGGGACUGGGAGGUGAAUCAGUACCACUCCUGCAACGGCAGUGGACCCCUGGCCUGUGGGGUGCCCUACACCUGCUGUGUCAGGAAGGUCCCUGGAGGAGUCAUUAACACCUUGUGUGGGUACAGGACCAUCAAUAAAGAGCGCUUGGAGCUCCUCGACGUCAUCCACGUGCGAGGCUGCAUCCACGCUGUCGGCCUCUGGCUGAAGGACAACUUCGAGGCCACUUUGGGCAUUGUUUGCUCCCUGCUGCUUCCACAGGUGAUUGGCCUGGUGAUGGCUUGGCUCUAUUGGCAGCAGCUGGAUGAGAUCUACUCCCAGCUGGAUGCUGUUGACUUCAGGAUCCUGGAGAUGAGAGAUUUCAGCUUUGGAGCAGUGGACCUGAGUGGUGCUGGCUGGUGCUGGUGCUUGCCCAAGGAAGGAGGCUACAUCCCUGUCAAUGCAGAGGAGCAGGAGGAGGAGGAUGAGGAGGUCACCAUCUGCCAGAGCAAAGUGUGA